CGAACAGCUUCUCAUCACUGUGCUAUGUGAUUGAACUUUUGAAAUACAGUUAACACUGUCUGAUUUCAUCACUUUUAUUCAGAAUGCAUAUAUUUCAUAAGCUCCUUAAUCUCUUCGUCCUGCAGAUUGUGUACACAGUUGCUGACAGGGCCUCGAUCACAGUGCGCCAGAUUCCUGUGAAAGAGACUAAGGCAGAGGGUGCAAAUGUGUCAAUUUACUGCACCUACCUAAUCUUCGCUCAGAACGCAGCGGUGGCUGUUUAUUGGUGGAAAGGGGGACAAGAAGGAUAUAUAGAUCCUACUGCAGACAGAAGGAUAAGUAUUAUAACUACAGAGCAAGGUUCUGCCGAAUUCCAUAUCUUCGACGUGAGAUUCUGGGGCUCUGGAAUAUUUUAUUGCGGUGUGAGAGACUGGACAGGAAAGAUUUCCAAAGGCAAUGGCACGAACGUUAUUGUACACGUUCCGCCGGCGCCGUUGAAAAUCACCGAAGUGAACGCUCCUUCCGUGGCGCUGACGUGCACAACUGCCGCUUUUUUCCCGAAGGACUAUGAGCUCAUAUGGUAUAAAAAUGAAAUCGAAAUCACUUCUGGAAUACAUACCACACAAAUGCAGAACAAGGAGGGAUUAUAUCUUGUUUCAAGCUCCCUCAAUGUAAUAGAAACCUGGUCUGUUUAUACUUGUCAGGUGUUUCAUGAGUCUAUCAAGGCGCCAGCAUCCGAAUCAUAUAGAUUCCGAUUAGCAGCCCGGUGGGCUCAAGGCAUUAAUCUGUGUCGAAUUCUGCUGGGUCUGUUGGUAAUAACAGUGGGCAUCGCGCUCAUCGUCAAUUAUUUGCAAUCAUUCUAAUUCAAAAGGUUCUGUUGAAGACCCUGAUCUGGAGUUACACGCAGAUGUCGGGUCCCGGGACCCGUUCUCGGGGUUUCAGGAUUGGCCGUUGUUCGGCACACCAAGGGUUCGGCGUAUGAGUCCGGCUCGGAUUCGAAAGCCUAGGAUCUGGGGGCUGUGGAAACGGGCCGAACGAGGGUCGGUGUCACUGCAGGAGACCUGUGUGU